AUGGUUGGAGAAAGAAAUAUUACCAAAGGAAAACCCUAUUUCUCCCAGCAUAUAAUCAAUAAGUUUGGAAUCACAUACUUCCACGAUGACUCUGAAUCACUGGCUGAUAAUUUUACCUUUGCAGUUUGGCCAAACCAAAAGAGCAAGUCCACCAUCAAACCAGAAACUGACUUUCUUGAAGAGAUGUUUAAUAUCACCAUCUCCUCUGUUAAUGACCAGGCACCAGAAUUAAAGACAAAAGGACUUCGCUUGAAAGUUCUGCAGGGCAGUAGAUUGGUUGUGGGACCUGAAAACCUGAAAGUGGAAGAUGUAGACAGUCCCCCAGAUGAGAUCAGAUAUGUGAUUCUCCGUAAUCCUAAUAAUGGCUUUUUGGCAAUGGCUUACCAUCCAGACACACCUGUUCACCAUUUCACACAAGCUGACAUUGAUGACUCUCAGGUGUGGUUCAUACAAGAUGGAAGCCCAUCCUCAGGAGUGUUUUACUUUAGUGUGACAGAUGGUAAACACCUCCCUCUCUACAAGCUCUUCCACCUGGAUGUCAUUCCUGUCUCCAUCACCCUUGCGAACCUCACUGACCUACUUCUCCCACAAGGCCAGACAACCGUCCCCAUCACGAGUGCUCACCUGUCAGCCAUGACCAAUGGGAGGAGCCCCCAUGUCACUUACAAGAUAACAUGGCCCCUCCAGCAUGGGCACCUACUGAUUGAAAACCAGGUGGUCACCAGCUUUGGACAGGAGGAUCUGGAUUCAGGAAGACUCUCUUACCAUAUGACAAAUCUCACUGCUGCAGAAGACCAGCUACAGUUCUCACUGUUUACAUCAGAAAGCAACCUGACAGGACAAACACUGAACAUCAGAGUGCAGCCUUUACUGCAGGUUAUGUCAGACUUGAAAAUUGCCAACGGAGUGGCUCAUCAGCUGAGAAGAAAGGACUUAGAUGCUACUGAGCUGGCUAAUAUGACUAACAGUGAUCCCAGAUUUGAAGUGACAGAACCCCCUGUCCAUGGAAGGCUGGUGUGGAGAGGGCCUCGCAGCACUGUGAUGGAAGCCGCUACUCUGUUCACUCAGAGGGACAUUGACCAAGGGCUGCUGCUGCUUGACCCACAUGCCAAUCUAACAGGCACCGAUGUGCUGAACGACUCCUUCACUUUCUUGCUCAGGGAAGACUGUGUACAGCCUGCGGUUGGUUAUCUCCCUUUCAUCAUAGUGCCAGCUGACCCCUUACUUUUACAAACGUCUACACCAUACGUUCCUUUAUUUGUCACUGGAGAUAACCUUGUGACCUCAGUUGUCUCUCAGGAAAAACCUGUGGUUUCCUCAGGACCCAUGACAGGGACAGAAACUCUGGGGAAGCUGACCCGGACCAGAUGGCAGGAAGCAGAUCCCUGGGGACAACACAGGGGUGAAGAGCCCAGUGUGGAUGGCAAGGUCCCUCCCACCAAGGUAAUCUGGCCACCAGCUGCCACCAGAGUCAGCCCCAGGGCACACACUCAACCCAGGGAGAGCAGCUACCCUCUGAUGGUCAUCCUGCCUUUGGCUGCAGUGAUCUUCCUGCUGAUAGUGGCUGCAGUGGCCUUGUGUGUCUGGCUGCUGGGCCGGAAGGUAGAGAAAGCAAAACCCCUUAUCAGGCCCCAGGCCAUCCCAGAGUCCACAGCCCCAAGUCAUAGGCUAGAAAGAAGCAUGACCGUUCCCACUGUCACAGUGACACCCCUUAUACAAUGCUCCAGCCGCCCUCCCACCGGUCCUUUCAGGACCCUGCAAUGCGAGCCAAUGGCUCCUCCUGUGUCUGAGCCAGUGGAGAAAUGUGCUCCUUGGGAGACAUGGGUGAACCUGGAUCCCGACAUGGUCAAGCUCUGCCGACAAACCAACCCAACGCUGAAGCACAACCAGUAUUGGGUGUAG